AUGUUAAAAAUAAAAUCUCAUCCGUUUUCAUCUCUAAAACGUACAGUAUAUCAUGCCAUAAAAUCAAUAAAUGAAGCGCCGACUCUAUAUUCAAUACCAUCGGCAAAACUCUCAGCUGGUCGAAUGCAAGCUUGGAUUAUAUACUAUUAUGGUACUAAUCAGCAAUUUACUCUCUCAGAUAGUGUACCAUUGCCAAUAAUAUUUUCACCAAAAGAUGUUCUAAUCAAAGUGUCAGCCAGUAGUAUUAAUCCAAUCGACAUUCGAAGACGAGAGGGUUAUGGUGGUAAAUUAAUUGAUACUUAUCAAUCAGUAAAAAAUUUUGUACAAUUACGAGGGAACCAAUCAAAUAAACUUGAGUUUCCUAUCACAUUGGGUCGUGAUUUUUGUGGUGAAAUUAUACGAAAAGGACCAAAAGUAACAAAAUUCAACGUCGGUGAUAAAGUCUACGGUGCAUUAAAUGUAACACGACAAGGUAGUUUUGCUCAGUAUUGUGCUGCUGGAGAAGAUGAGAUUUGUUUAAAACCGAAUAAUAUAUCAGACGCAGAAGCAUCUGCAUUGCCACUUGUCUCAUUAACAAGUUGGUAUGCCAUAAGAAAACUUAGUGGUUUUAAUGAAGAGAAUUCGAUAGGAAAACGUGCAUUAGUCAUUGGUGCGGCUGGUGGAGUUGGUCAUAUCGCAACUCAACUACUGAACAAUCUUGGAAUGGAAACAACUGCUUUAUGUAGUCAAAGUUCAUUUGAUUAUGUUCGGCAAUUAGGUGUUGAAGAUGCAAUUGAUUAUCGUCAAAAAGAUUGGUUGAGUGAAUUAAGCCAAAAAGCGAAAUAUGAUAUUAUACUCGAUACGGUUGGUCCAAAGUAUUAUAGUUUUCAAUUGAUGAAUACUCUAUUAAAUCCUGGUGGUACAUUUGUUACAAUAAUCACACCAAUUUUUCGUAAUGUUGAUAAAUAUGGUCUCAUUUCUGGUCUUUCUCGUACGGCAUAUACAGCUGCUAAACAAACUUUAUACGGAUGGUCAAAUAAUUUUAAUUAUCGAUGGGCAGUCUAUAGACCUGAUGGAGAAGUUCUUCGUCAAGUAAAAAAUCUUGUUGAACAAAAUAAAUUAACGAUUAAAGUUGAUCCGAAGGAAUUUUCGUUUGAAAAUAUACCUCAAGCCAUAUCUUAUUUAGAGAAUGGUCAUGCAAAAGGCAAAGUUGUAAUUAAAUAUAGUAGCUUUCGAUAA